AUGGGUGGAACAAAAUUGUCCAAUUCCAGAGGUCUCCGGUUUCCCGUCCUCGCCGGGGCCCUGGUCGUCGUCGAUACGGCAGAACUUAGAAGACCCGCCAGAUACCCAGAUGGCGGCCCCCCAGUCCGUUGUCUCCGAAAAUCCUCGAGGUCCAUCCCGCAGCUUCACACCCUUUCUUCUCCCAUCCCUCCUUUUCCUCAAGUCAUUCGCACGUCCGACUCGGAGCGUUUGCCCGUCUGGUCCAAGGCAAGGAGGUCAGGGGCCCUCGAGAGCCCAGUUGCCAUGAUGCCCACGAGUACGAGAGCCACGCGGUCGCGCUUUUCCAGCCCGCAUCAGCACGCCAACGGAGGAGGAGGAGGAGGAUCGGAACCUGUCAAGAAGAGCAAUGGAGCCAGCGAGGCAUCGAGGACCUUCAUGCAGAAAUGGUUGGAGCCUACGGUGCAGAGCAAGCCGAGCUUCGAGGAGGCUGGAUUGAUGCGAUACGGCGUCACCGAGAACAUGGCGCCCCUGGGCACGCUGCCAAAGGGACCACAGGCCAAAAAGCCGGGCCAGGAAGUCGCGAAUCCCGUCAGGAAGAUUAUCCUCAAGUCGAGCUCCGCAAGUUCUGCUGUCGCUGCUGCUGCAAAGGCGGCGGCGGCGGCAGCGGCAGUAGCAGCUGAUGAGGCAGAUGCGUCUUCCAUGGCAAAUCGCUCAGAGACACCGACACCGACACCCCCUCCGCGCCUGCCUACUCCUCCAGCCAACGCUCAAAAGGCGACCAGAAAAUCUCUUCCCGCACGUGGUCUGGACGACGACGACGAGGACGAGGACUACACACCCAAGGCAGCCGCAGGAAAGAGCCAGGGCCGUCGUGCAUCUGCCUCCAUCUCACGCAAGAGUGUGUCGCGCUCAUCGAUAGGACGCCGUGCAUCAGCUUCACUUCAUCAAAUGGCUCCCUCGAGCGACGCCGUGCAGCCCUCAGAAUCGACGCCCGAGAACAAGGACGUCGUCGAGAGGGCUGUGGAGGUCGCAAUCGACGAGGCGCUCCGGCAUUACCGCUAUCCCACUGCGUGGGCACUCCGGACCCUCUACGACGAAAAUUCUUCUAACCCGGUCUUCCUCUCCAUGUUUGAGGACGUUUACCACCAAACAGCCGACGAAGACACCCUCGACGAAUUUUCCCGCCUUAUCGAGGAGAAGAAGCGAGAAGGCAAGAAGGACAAUCAGGCUUGCUACUUUUUUGUACCCCCUUCCACCAACUCGCGCUUCACCCCCCACAAGCCAAAGCCUGCGCCCUACGGCAAUCUUCUCUCUCUCGACCUCUCAAAAUCGGACGACGAAGACGACGAUAUGCCUCAAGUUACACCGACAAAAAAGGCCAGCAAGCGCAGGGAGAUUCCGGAAUCACCCAUGGGCAUGAGCAUCGACGACGAAGAAGACGACGACACUACUUUGCUGGCAGCGGAAACCACCAUCGCGACCAUGACCCCGUCGCGCAAGCGCGCCCGAAGAGAUUCUGCAAGCAGUGACUCGUCCUUGUCAGAGCUCUCUGCAUCUCCGUCCCUGCCACCCGACUCGCCUUCGCCCAGCUCUCCGCCCGUUUCCGUGGCUGUUCAAGGCGAUAGCCACAGUCGCCGUCACAGUGCCACGACGGCUGCCACGGCUGCUGGGGCCGACCCCGAGACCACCUUGACCAGCGCACCACCGCCAGCCGAUCCACAGCCAAUGAAGAGACGCGGCAGAUCCCUUGCUGCUAAGGCGAGCGUGUCUGACGCAUCCAACCCAAACUCACCCACCCUCCCCCCAAACGUAUCUCAAGCUGCAGGGGCUAGCAACAUGCCUGGUCGACUUUCUUCGCCCAUUUUCCCCAACCUUUCGACGACAGCAGCACCCUCAAAGGCGAAUGGCAAGAAGAACGCCAACAAGGACAAGACUCCUCGCGUACUGCCCAGCGACGAUGCAACCACCCUGCGGAGGAGAGAUGCACGCGAUAGCACAGUUAGCCAGACGCCCCAGCCUGAGAGCCAUAUUCGCGGUUCCGACAUGAGAAGCAGGGCUGGAUCUAUGGCCGCAUCUUCGCCGGCAGUAAAUUUGCGCAAGUCGGCAAGAACACCAGCGCCGAGCUCGAAUCUGCCUUCGAAUCUGACCCUGAGCACGAGAACGACGAGAUCAGCAAAGAGGACGCACGACGAGAUCGACAAUACGAGCUCGCCGACUGCGCCGUCAAUCCUCGGAGAGGUGACGCCCGCCACGAGCUCUAGGGCUGCGACACCGACGAAUCUUCGCCCUACCAAGAAGCAACGGACUGGCUUGCGUAUCAAAACUUCACCCAUGAAGAAGAAGGGAGGCACUGCGGCUGGACUACCUCGUGCCAGCGGUGAGGGCGGUGCAGUUGCCGCCAACGGCGGUGGCCCAAUCAACCAGGAUGAGAAUGACGACUACUGCUCAGCAUGCAGCGGCGUUGGAGAGCUGGUCUGCUGCGAGAACUGCUCCAGGUCAUUCCAUUUCGAGUGUGUUGACCUUGGGCUGGGCGACACUCUCCCCGAGGAAUGGUUUUGCAACGUCUGUUUCAGCAGCAGAUACCCCACCAGGGUGCCCGAACACAAGGGUCCCUUUGGCGGUUUGAUGAACACUCUGGAGAAAACUAAUCCUCGAGCCUACAAGCUGCCGCAAGGCGUGCGUGUGUAUUUCGAGGGCGUCAAAGUCGGCCCUGAAGGCGAGUACGAGGAUGUGGUAGUGCCCGCUAAGCCAAAGAAGAAGGGCUAUGAGGAAGCUCCAGACUUCUUCAAGGUUCGAGAAGCUGACGGAUCUGCCGUGCUAUGCCACAAUUGCCAACACCCGACCGCCGAUAAUCGAGCCAUCAUCCCCUGCAGCCUCUGCGGGCUUCACUGGCAUCUGGAUUGCCUCGAUCCUCCGCUGGCAAUCCCGCCUGUGGUGCGAACAUGGCGUUGCCCUGCGCAUGCAGACGACCUGUUGGCUACGUUGCCAGAGGAGCUUGCCCCAGCUCAUCGCUUCCGGAAGAUCAAAGGCGCCCCGGUCAUCAUUCCUGCCUUCAGCCGCGGCAUGAAAAACAAUGGCUUCAUUGAGAUUGAUGAUGAUGAUGAAGAAUCCGAGGAUGAAAAUUCCGGUUGGAGCGACGUCAAAACCUUCGGUCGCGUCUACAAGCUGUCUUCCAAGGGCGUUGUCCUCGAUUUCAUCUCUCAGCUUCGGAAGGAUGGCGCUGGUCACAUCAAAGGCUUGCCGGCUUCGAACACCGUCCAGGCGCCGCCAGUCAGCGAGCCCAUGAGUACUCGCUCACGUGUUGAGCAGCAAGCAGUGCUGAAUUUGGUCGAAUUGGCCUCCACUCAGCCCACUACCAAGCUUGACGAGCUCACAGAGGCAUUGCUAACAAACGCAGAGCCAGCUAUGCUUUCGCUCAUGGCUCGUGGCAGCGUUAACAACUUUGCCAGCGGAGAUCUGAAUGUUACCGACAAGCAGAGUCUCCGCGCAAUGCUAGCUCAGAUGGAAGCCAUGGCUGGUCGCAUCCGAGGCUUGCUUGGAGACGACCAAAAAGACAGCGGUGUUUCUGGUAUGGGCAUCGAGGCCGAUCAAACGGCGAUCGACUGUGACCAUACCAACGGCACUGUUAGCACCGGAGACGACGCAGCCUCGAUUAAAAAUGAGUCCGUGGAGCCCCCUGCCGACCUACCUACGCCAGCGACUACGACCCAAGAUAACCCGGAGCCGAUCAACAGCCUGGGCGAGAAGUCUUCGCAAGAGGUCCCCAACGACGCGAACGAAGAUGAUGUGCCCGACAUGGAUAUCGACUAG